GAGAAAUUGAUCUUCUGUAAAUUAGGGUUUCCGCUUUUCAGUUUGUUCUCCCAUUCCACAGACCACAAUGAAGAAGAACGAGGGAGUCAACGAGAGGAUGAGGAAGAGGAAGAGGAAGAAUUAUUCCGUCAACCUGAAAUCCGAUAAAAGCCACUACAACCCUGCUCUCAUAAAGAAGCAAAAAGAAUUCUAUAAGAAUGCGAAGAAUGUAAAGAAGUUUAAGAAGAUGUUAAAGCAUCAAACGGAGCAAAGCGAUCAUUUCUCGACACAGAAACUGAUGAUUGAGAAUAGCAGUGCUGAGAUGAAAGAGGAUAAGUGCGAGAGUGAGAGGAGGCGGAAGAAAAAGUAUUGUUUGGAAGAAUUGUACAGGAAGAAGCAUGAAGAGAAAGAGAGAGAAAGAAUGGAAAGAGAAGCAGCAAUGAUGGCAAGGAAGGAAGAGAGAGAAGAAGCCCAAGCCAGGAGAAAAGCUCUGCGGGACAAAAUGCUUAAGAAGACCAGAAAAGGGCAGCCUCUUAUGAAAUACAGAAUUGAACAUCUUCUGAGUACUAUUCAAGCCUCAUCUCAAAUUUAACCAUCCUAAUCCUCUUGAUUCAACUUCUGCAAUACCAAUAGUUGUUGAUUGUGCAAGUUUAAGAUCGUUGUUAAUCAUAACAAUUUUGUACUCAAAUUGUUCCCGGUAUCCUGCUCUCAGCCUUUCACCCUUGUAAACAUUGUUUUUUCCAAAGUUAACUCUCUUUAUUGA